UCUGCAGUGCUGACACUUUGUUCGCGCUGCUGAAACAAGGGUGUGUAGAUUCGUAUCUCUGAACCGCAUCUUGCGAGCAGUUCGCUGUAACACUGUUUGCUGAGCAGUGUUUGCAGAAGUCAUGGGUCAAAGGCGAAUGAAGACAUCAUGUAAUCGUUUUGCUGCAUCGUCGGUUCCUCUCUGCAGUGUUUUAGUUGAGCAAGUAAACAGGAAAUAGAUCCCAACAAAAGAUCCUUUACUGAGGGUCGCCAACGCUCAGCUAACAUCAAUUGCGGACACAUCAGUGUGUUACACCCAUACCACGUGAUACACAACAUUGCCAUUGAUGUACACAACCCGAAUAAACUGCACUGAUCCCCUGUAAUAUAACACACCCAGAACGAUAGCAGACAGCAGAUGUUAGGAUAUAUUAUAAUGCAACUAGUUACCUACAGAAUGAAAUCGUUGCAAGCAGAUGUACACAAUCAGCCAAUAGAAUGCACGUGAACAUAACUGAUAAUUUAUUAGGUCUGCGUUGCAAAGAAGACAAGUUAACAAUUCUAUUCACCGUGCAUAUUCUCCCUUGCUUUAACUUCACUAAGUGUAUCACUUUGCCCUUGUUUGAGUUACAUUACACAUGUCAGUUACAUUCCACAUCCCGCUUUCCCAGCUGAUCUCCAUCCUGUGGUAAUUCUAAACAAAAUUCUUCACAGUCCACUACACCAUUAAUUGUCAUUUACAAAACAUGAAUAUCAUGACAAUAGUGUUUCAAAGUUGGAAUUAAAUAGUUGAUGUAGAGAGAAGAGGCUCAAACUCCAAUUAACCUCAGCUGAUUUCGGGUCAAAAGCCCCUACUUCCUAACGCCAGCUUCCUGUCUUGUCACCGGCAAUAUGCCAAAACAAAAGUUCCAAUGAUUAUAUUUUUGAUCUGCCGAUCCACUUACAAAAUCAUCAAGAGGGAAUGAUCCGGAAGUGUACACAUCUUAGAAGUAUCUACUCUUCUAAAUGUCGUAUUUUAAUCAACGUGUCAUUGUUUACAUGAAGGGUCCCGACCCGAAACGUCACCUAUCAAUUUUCUCCAGAGGUGCUGCCUGGCCCGCAGAGUUGCUCCUAUCACUAUUCAGCGUUCACAGACUCUGAGUACAGAGAUAACCGCCGCUCCAUUCUUAUGGAUACAUCACACUUGACGAAGUGGGUGAAGCAGCUGUAAUACCAACGUGUAUUGGGCACUUGGACAGGUCCGUAGAUAGGGAAGGUUUGGGGAGAUAUGGAUCGAGCGUGGACAAAUUUGACCAACUUAGAUGAGCAUAUUGGUUUAACGCGUUGGGGAGAAGGGCUUGGUUCCUGCUGUAUGAUUCUGUGAUCAUCUGACCCAACCAUUUGUUAAAUAUAACCCUGAGCCUUUCACACUGCAUCGUGUCGAGCUGCUACUGGCUCGCUGUGGUUCACGAUGUGACUUCCUGUGCCCUUCUUCCUCAUUGCUAUUUGAGAGAUGCGGGUGUAUCUGAGAGCACAGAGCUGAGCGACAGGCAGACGAGUGCUGGCCUUGUCACUAUGGAUAAAACAAUGUGGAUUCCCAUUCUUCUCAUCUCUUCGCUACCCGUUUCAGGUGCAAUGCGGGGAGAGAGGGAGGUAAGAGGAGUUGUGGGAAGAGCGAUCACAAUCGAUUGUCACUAUGAACAAUGGUACCGCUCAUACACAAAAUACUGGUGCCGUGGGUGGACUAUCCAAUGUACAGUUUUAGCGGAUACAAAUGGACAACACGGACGGAGUGAAAGAGUGUCAAUCACAGAUAACCCGGCACGAGGAAUAUUUACUGUGACUGUGGAGGAUCUUCAGUCUGGAGAUACAGGAUGGUACAGAUGUGGAAUUCAUACAGAUGGCACGGAUCCAUACUUUAACGUAUAUCUCCAAGUAUCUGACGAACCAGUGUCUGCUCCUAUGCUCAGAUAUCUGUCACCAGCAAAUGCCUCACGUCUCGGAGGCUCAGUGUCAGUGUCGUGUGAGUCUGUCAGUGGAUCCCUUCCCAUCAAUUACACAUGGUGUGAGAAGAACGAGCAUCGGUGUUCAACGAUCUUGUCUGGCAAUCAAUUGGAUCUGAGUUGUGAAAUCCUCAGAGGUCAACAUCGUCAAUAUUACUGCACAGCCACAAAUAAUCGUGGGAUAAAACCCAGUGAAAUACUCAACGUGAAUGUCUCCAAUGGAGAAGGAACGUGCAGUUAUGUGACAGAAAUCAACAAUGCAGUUUCAGGUGCACUGUGGGCGGAGAGUGAUGUAAGAGGGGUUGUGGGAAGAGCGAUCACAAUCGAUUGUCACUAUGCAGCAGUGUACCGCUCACACACAAAAUACUGGUGCCGUGGGACAAGUCGCCAGUGUACACAUGUAGGUGAAACAAAUGGGAAGAGCGGAAAGGCGUCAAUCACAGAUAACCCGGCACGAGGAAUAUUUACUGUGACUGUGGAGGAUCUUCACUCUGGAGAUACAGGAUGGUACAGAUGUGGAAUUACUACAUCUGGCGAACCAACAUUUAAAGUAUAUCUCCAAGUAUCUGAAGAACCCGUGUCUGUUCCUGUGCUUGGAUUUCUGUCACCAGCCGAUGUCUCCUGUUUCGGGGGCUCAGUGACAGUGUCAUGUGAGUCGGUCCGGGGAUCGCUUCCCAUUAACUACACCUGGUAUGAAAAGACCCCAUCUGGGGAUUCAAAGAUCUCAGACAACAAUGCCCUGGGUCUACAUUGUCAAUCCUUCAAACAUCAGCACCAUCAAUAUUUCUGCACAGCCUCAAAUCAACAUGGAUCAAAAUCCAGUGAAAUGGUCAACAUGUCCAUCUCCAGCAGUGACGUGCCCUGUAGUUUCCAGGUGAAAAUCAACGGCACUGGACCUGAAUAUUCUUGUGAAACUUCGAAAGGAUCCGAAGAUUCUUCAAGGAUCAUUUACAUAGUUGCGUCUGGUGUCACUGUGCUUCUCCUGAUUCUCAUCAUUGCCUUCUUUUGGUACCGAAAGCGUAAAACCAAGGAAUCCAAGUGCAAUACAUCACGCGGUGAAGACAACAAUGAAACCCAGGAAAUGACAGCGUUGGAAGGGACCGACAUUUAUGCAAAUCUGCAGCAACCUGGAAACAACAGGGCAGGUGGCCAUUUGGAUAACAAUGAAGGUGGAAUCACGUAUGCAGUGGUGAAUUGUCAAAGGAAGUCGAGAUCAAGGGAGCAUGUGACUGACAACGCUGUCGUCUACGCAGAUGUCAAUUUUCAUCGCAACUGCCCAAAGGGCAAUCGGAAACCCCACUCUACUGGGACUCCAGAGAACACUGAGUCAAUCUAUGCCUCUGUUGUUUCUUAGGAGCUAUUUUCAAUUCGGUGUGAGUUUUGGGCAAUACUCGCUUCACCACUGUAUUCAGAUUACACUGCUUUAAUCUGUUCUAUACUUUGUCAAAGAAGGACACAAAAUGCUGGAGUAACUCAGCAGGUCAGGCAGCAUCUCUGGAGAAAAUGGACAGGUGGCCUUUGAGGUUGGGACCCUUCUUCAGAUGGUCUGUGGAAAGGUCCGGACCAUAAAUGGCACCAAUCCAUUUUCGCCAGAGAUGUUUCUUGACCAUCUGAGUUACUCUAGCAUUUUGGGUUAGUCUUUGGUAUAAACUGGCAUCUUUUUAUAGCUCUACUUUGUCAAACUCUUUCUGAAUGGUUUUGUUCAAUUCAUCAAGUGUCAUGGGUGAUGGGGAGAAGGGAGGAGAGUGGUGUUUGGAGGGAGAGGUAAAUCAGCGAUGAUUGAAUGGUGGAGUAGCCUUGAUGGGUCAAAUUGUCUGCUCCUAUCACUAAUGACCUUAUGAAUUCCACUCCCAUCACCAAUCUCUUUCAUCCGCAAGUAUAAUGAAUGGGCCUAGACCAUGCAUACAAAUGAUAAAAUGGCACUGCUUCCCAUUCUUGUCAUACCCACCCUCAUUCCCUCCACCCACAAGUUCCCCAACCCUCCCAUCAUCAUUCCUUGCAAGGGGCAGCCUAAACACAUCACACCCCAUUGUCUCUGGGCCAAAAUAUAAUGUGUUCAAGUCCAUAAAGGGGCAAUGGAUCAAGCAAGAACAUGGGUUCAAGUGGAUAGUGGGCUAAGUCAGAGAUGCCCAAGAUGCAGCAGACGUAAGUUCAAUUGGAAAUGUUGAUCUUUGCAGCAUUGCUACAGGACCUCUUCUCAAAUCUAGAGGUACUCUGUUAGAAAGAUACAAAGUUCUUACAGAGCAGCAGAGUGCAGGUGAAGGGAUGAGGUUUUCCUUGUCUCAAUUAUCCAAACGCAGUGAGGGGGGUUAAGUAGGGCCAAAGGGCCUGUUUCGGCGUUGUAUGAAUCUAUGACUCCAAUGCAAUCUAGCCUGGGAACAAUUGUUUCUUAGAUAUCAAAGGAUCUAUGGACAUAGAACUAGUACAGGUUAUUGUCAUGAUAAUGGAUAAGCUAUGAUUUUAAUGCAUAGUGUCGUCAUGAAGGACCUAGUGGGGCCUGACAUAUUUGUACAUUAAUUUUUUCACCCUACAAUACACAUUUAUUUGUGUACAACACAUUUCCAGUCAAUGCACCAACACAUCAAAGGCCAACGUGCUAUGGAAUGAAACAUUGAGUGUGAGCUGCAUCUUGCUGGUGGCAACGUGCUUCCAGUUAAUAUGAGCAGUUGAGCAAAACACACAAAAAAAAAACACUUCAGUGGGUCAAGCAGCAUCUCUGAAAGGAAGUGGACAGAUGACAUUUCAGGCCAGGACCCUACUUCAGACUGGUGUUACUUUUCUCAGAAUAUGACUGCAGCAGAAAUUCCCAAACAACCAAUGUUCAUAGGUUCAUACGUUUUAGUGCAGAAUUAGACCUUUCGGCCAUUCAAGUCUACUCCACAAUUCAAUCAUGGCUGAUGUAUCUUCCCCUCCCAACCCCAUUCUACUGCCUUCUCGUUAUAACCCCUGACACCCACACUGAUAAGGAAUCUGUCAAUAUCUGCCUCAGAUAUAUCCAUUGACUUGGCAUCUGCAGUUUUCUGGUAAAAUAAAUUCCACAGAUUUACCACCUUCUAACGAACGAAAUCUAGCCCAUAUCACUCUAAACCUAUCCUGUCCAGCGUCCCUCAGGUUCCUAUUAAAUCUUUGCCCCUCACCUUAAAUCUAUGUCCUCUGGUUCUCAAACUAUGUCCUCUGGUUCUCAGGUAUUCAGCAAGAACAUGUAGAAUAUAAGAAUGUUAGCUCAGGGAGAGCACCUUGCCCUGGCAGGUCAGUGGGUUUCAGGUAGAACACAGUGGCACAGCGGUAGAGUUGCUGCCUUACAGCGCCUGAUACCCAGGUUCGAUGCUGACUUCAGUUGCUGUUUGUAUGGAAUUUGUUCAUUCCCCCUGUGUCCGGAUAAGUUUUCUCUGGGUGCUCCAAUUUCCUCCUACUCUACAAAGACAUACAGGCCAUCGACUUAACUUUGCAGUUUACUUGCCGGUUUGCAAGCACGAGUAGAGGAGGGUGGGGUUUUAAGAGUUAAUGUGUACAUAACAGAUUGCAAUUUGCGCGUGGUGAGUCUGCUUUACUUAUUUAGAAUUGCUAACUAAUAAUGGUUUUGCAGAACUGAAAACGGUGUUAUGACUAAAAAGGGAAGAGACCCGAUACCAAAUAGUACUGCAGAGAAAAACACAUCUGUUCUAAACCGGUGCAGAAAUGUGCUGAUUGUGUGAUUAACUGGACCCGUGCUACUCAUGUAUAAAUAUACUGCCUGUGCACAGAAUAAUUGAGUGGGACCGCGAUGGGCAACGAUUAUGUAACCAUACUCGUGGAUGCUCUCCCACUCCCGCAUGCGCAAUAAAGGGCAAUUGUUACAUUCUUAAAAUGUGGUUUGUUGUUUGAUAGCGAGGAUAGAAAUUUAACAUUGGUGUAGUUGGCAGGAUCUCGCUGGGACCAUCUCCGACGACUGAGUAAGCGGCUGCUGUCUGGCCGGGACCUCGAGGGGUGUGAGAAGUGCACUAUCGGAUCCAUUGAGUCUUAACUCCCGAACGAGGUCCCGGGAAACCGCGGUCCCCGAGGUUGAUCUGGCUUCCAGCCGAGAUCCACAAGAACCAGAAGUAAGAGAAACAUCUUUAUAAUCGACAAGGGGUAGGUUAAUUGAACAUUCAGACGAAGAAGAAUGGGGUCUGUGUAAAUUAAGAUAUUAAUUGGACACUCCCAUCGUAAUUCCUUACAAGGGUCUGUCUAAGCACACCACAACUCAUUGUCUCUGGGCUAAAAUAUUGUGGAUUCAAAUCUGUAAAGAUGCAAUGGAUCAGCAAGAACAUAGGUUCAAGUGGAUAGUGGGUUAAGGCAGAUAAGCCCAAGACGUAAAAUGAUCGUAAAACCUAGGUAAGUGGCCUCACUGAAACUUGGUCUAGUGAGGAUUUUAGCUGCCUCAGUGACCAGUUGCAAAUAAAAUGAUCUUAAUUGAGCCCAUUCCUAGAUAGUGCCUAGCUAAGGGGAAAUGGGGAGUUGGAGGGGAGUAAUGUAGCGUGGAACUGCAGAACUAUUCAUAGCUUUUAUAGCCUAUUAGUGCAAGAAGUGAGUCACGUGUGUUUUAUUGUCAUACAGUGUGUACUUGCAGCAGCACAACAGAGUAAUAUACACGAUUUCCUUUAUCUUUUGUACUCCCUGAGAAUGCAAGUUGGAGGUAGGAGAGGAAGGUAAUGUCGAUGUGGUUGUGUAAAAGGCACUGAAUGUUUUGUAUCUGAGGGCAUCAGCCCCAGGAUAUGUGUAACCAAAGUUGGCCAAUUUGUAAUAAAAUAAUUGGUUCUGAAAACAAUCCCAAAGUCCACGUGAAAUGUUCCCGUCUACAACGUCCCUCCCCAGUAAAUGAGCACAUGACCUACGAGCACCUCAGUGCCAACUGGUAGAGUACGUCACUGCCUGAGCUGCAAGUUUCUGGGUGAGAUCCGAAACCAAGAAGAUUCAACUGUCAUGGCCACAUAAACCCUCCCACAAAAAAAGGCCAUUUCUGUAGCAGAAGUAAGUUCGAUUGGAAAUGCUGGUCUUAGCAGCAUUGCUACAUGACCUCGUCUCAACUCUAGAGGUUCAAAAUAUACAAAGUUGUUUCAGAACAGGAGAGUGCAGGUGAAGGGAUGAGGUAUUCCUUGGCUCAAUUGUCCAGAUGCAUUCAGGAGGGGUAAGUUGGGCCGAAGGGCAUGUUUCUGCGUUGUGUGACUCUAUGACUCCAAUACAAUCUAGCCUGGGAACAAUUGUUUGUUAGAUAUUACGGGAUCUAUGGAAGUAGAACUAAUAUUGGAUAUUGACAUGAUGAAGGAUAAGCUAUGAUUGUAAUGCGUCGUGUAGUUAUGAAGGACCGAACGGAGCCUGACAUAUUUGUUCCUUAAUUUGUUCACCCAAAAAUACAUUUGAUUUGAACAAAUUUCCAGUCAGUGUGCAAACACAUCAAAGGCCAACGUGCUAUGUAAAUAAAAUGUUAGGUGCUGAGUCAAAUGUGUGAGCUGCAUCUUGCUGUGGUCAACGUGCGUCCUGUUAAAAUGAGCAGUGAGCAAAACACAAAAAAAAAACACUUCAGUGGGUCAAACAGCAUCGUUGAAAGGAAAUGGACAGUUGACAUUUCAGGUCAGGACCCUACUACAGACUGGUGUUAUUUUUCUCAGAAUAUGACGGCAGCAGAAACCCACAAACAUACAAUGUGGAUAGGUUCAUAAGUUCUACGUGCAGAAUUAGGCUUUUCAGCCCAUCAAGUCUAUUCCGCCGUUCCUUCAUGGCUGACCUAUCUACCCCUCUCAACUUCAUUCACCUUGCUUCACCCAUAACCCCUGACUCCCAAACUAAUCAGGAAUAUGCCAAUCUCUGCCUAAAAAAAUAUCAAUUGAAUUGCCUUCCAUGGUCGUCUAUUGAAAUGAAUUCCACAAAUUCACCACCCUCUGACUAAGGAAAUGUGGCCCAUAUCACUCUAAAUCCUGUCCAACUUCCUUCAAGUUCCUAUCAAAUCUUUUUUCCCUCACCCUAAACCAAUGUCCUCAGCUUCUCCAACUAUGUCCUCUGGUUCUCAAGUAUUCAGUAAGAACAUGUAGAGUAUAAGAAUGUUAGCUCAGGGAGUGCACCUUGCCCUGGCAGG